AGAGAUCACUGUCCGCUUUUCCUAUUGGUUUUUUCCUAGGGAGCUGCCGAAGAAUACGAAACCUCUAGCCAAUAGAAAGGGAGUUGUCAUAGCGCAGGGCUGGUGUUUUCCUGCUGAGGUGAUCUGUCGCAGAGCCUAGGAGGUGCUUUUCUCCAGGCCGGCUCCUCCCCUCUCCUUGUGGCCUCUCUGAGGUUUGCAGUGCUCUUGUGGUUUCCCGCAGAAUGUGGAUGACGCCCAAAAGGAGCAAAAUGGAAGUCGAUGAAGCUCUUGUUUUCCGGCCUGAGUGGACCCCACGUUACUUGGUGGUGGAACCUCCGGAGGGCAACGGUGCUCUAUGCCUGGUAUGUCACCGUCUCGUCGCUUCUACCCGCGAACGCGAUGUCAGGCGCCACUAUGAGGCCGAACACGAAUUCUACGAGCGGUAUGUGACGGAGGAGGAGCGCGCGGCCCUGGUGGAGCGUCUCCAGCACGGCGAUUUGUCGAUUGCCGCUGUGCUUACCCCUGAGGAGAAAGCUGCGCGUGCGGGCCUCGGGCUCUGCCGCCUGUUGGCUUUGAAGGGCCGUGGCUGGGGUGAGGGGGACUUUGUGUACCAGUGCAUGGAGGUGUUUCUGAGAGAGGUACUGCCUGAUCACAUAGGCGUCCUGGAAGGCAUUGAUUUAUCUCCGGAGAUCACGAGGCAGAGGAUUUUGAGCAUUGACAAUAAUCUACGCAGUCAGCUUUUUAAUCGAGCCAGGAACUUUAGGGCCUAUUCACUUGCUUUGGACGACCAGGCCUUUGUGGCCUAUGAGAACUAUCUCCUCGUCUUUAUCCGUGGUGUGGACUCUGAUUUGGAGGUGCAAGAAGACCUUCUGACCAUAGUCAACCUGACUCAUCACUUCAGUGUUGGUGCGCUCAUGUCCGCAAUUCUAGAGGCCCUGCAAACAGCAGGGCUUAGCUUGCAGCGAAUGGUUGGACUGACCACCACUCACACUUUGAGAAUGAUUGGUGAGAACUCAGGACUUGUCUCGUACAUGAGAGAAAAGGCUGUAAGCCCCAACUGUUGGAAUGUUAUACACUAUUCAGGGUUUCUUCACUUGGAACUGUUGAGCUCUUAUGAUGUAGAUGUUAAUCAAAUCAUAAAUACCAUAUCUGAAUGGAUAGUCAUGAUUAAGACUAGAGGCGUUAGGCGACCGGAAUUUCAGCCUUUACUAACUGAAUCUGAAUCAGAGCAUGGUGAAAGGAUCAAUGGACGAUGUCUGAACAAUUGGCUUAGAAGAGGGAAAACUUUAAAACUGAUAUUUUCACUAAGAAAAGAAAUAGAAGCAUUUUUGGUUUCAGUAGGGGCAACAACUGUCCAUUUCACAGACAAGCAAUGGCUUUGUGACUUUGGCUUCUUGGUGGAUAUUAUGAACCACCUUCGGGAACUCAGUGAAGAGCUGCAAUUUAGUGGAGUCUUUGCUGCUACUGCUUUUGACCAUAUUUGUACUUUUGAAGGUAAACUGAAUUUGUUUCAGAGACAAAUUGAAGAACAAGAUUUAAUAGACUUUCCUGCCUUCAGCGAAGUUGUUGAUGAACUAAAGCAGCAAUUUAAGGAAGAUCAAAAAAUAUUUGAGCCUGACAGGUAUCAAAUGGUGAUCUGUCGUCUACAAAAAGAUUUUGAGAGACAUUUUAAAGACCUCAGAUUCAUUAAAAAAGACUUAGAACUUUUUGCAAAUCCGUUUAACUUUAAACCUGAAUAUGCACCUAUUUCAGUAAGGGUGGAACUAACAAAACUUCAGGGAAACACUACCCUUUGGAAUGAAUACAGAGUCAAAGACUUGGGGCAAUUCUAUGCUGGACUGCCUUCUGAAUCUUACCCAAUUAUUAAAGGGGUUGCCUAUAAAGUGGCAUCCUUGUUUGAUAGUAACCAAAUCUGUGACAAGGCUUUUGCAUAUUUGACACGAAACCAACACACAUUGAGCCAGCCAUUGACAGAUGAGCAUCUUCAAGCCCUUUUCCGGGUUGCCACAACUGAAAUGGAUCCCCGUUGGGAUGAUCUUAUGAGAGAAAGAAUUGAAUCUACUCCAUAAGUCUUUUUACGUCAGCACUGGAACAUGAAUUCAAUUCUAAAAGAUAAAAUUUUUUUCAAGUUUACUAAUUUGGAUUCCUAUAGAACACCACAUUUGUUACAAGACACUGAAAUGGAUCAGAAUUCAAAUCCUUCCAACAGUUGCCUUUUUUUCAUCUCUUAUGGCAGCAUGACUGACACAUGAGAAUCCCACUUCUUCAGAAACUUAGCUUAAUGGCAUAGUCAUUGUCUUUUUCUUUUUAUGAUAGAAUUGAUUUUAAUGAUGUUUAGUAUUGAUAGUGAGUUGAAUUAGAAGUCUGUUUUUAAGGUGUUCUGAAGAUAUAUGCCAAAAAUUUUAGCUCUUUAGUGUUAAAAUUCUGAUACAUAGUCUAAAAUUGUCAACUUUUUAAAUGUGUUUAAUUCAGUUCACAAAAACUCAUAGAAAGUUUUUGUUUCUGAAAAGGAAAAGCAUACAAACAUACAGUGGAGGUAUUUUGUCUAACAAAAUGUUUGAGGCUAUUUUUUUACAGCAUUUCUCAGUCCAAAGUAAAUUUUGACAGAUUUUUCUCCUUUUACCUUCUCCCCACCCACCUGAAUGAUAUUAAUAGGAAUUAAACAAAAUUUUAAUCAGAUGAGCAAAGAUCAUUUUUAAAUUGCUGAGUUAGGACACUUUUCAUAAUUUGGAGUUUCCUAAAUUGUUACUAUUGGAAUUUCCUGUGAAUUUUUCAUAACUUGGGGCUGUUUUAUCAGCUUGCCUCUUAAAGGACUAUGGUAAGUAUAGAAUCUUAACUGUUGCCAGUUAGUAAUUCUUUUUUCUGCUUUGGACAGAAGUUUCAUUACCAAAAGGGUGACGAAAAAGAUUUUUGCACUUCAGGUUCAAGAGGUUUGAGAUAUUUAAGCAUGUCUUUUUCUGCAUGGCCUUAUAAAGAAAUUUUUGGUAAAGGGAACACUUUAUUUUAAAAUGAUAGAGUAUCUGAUUUUUGUUAGCUGCUGGAAAUGGACUUAUUCUAAAUUUAAACUGCUGCACACAUUCAAUAGUUAAGACAGUACACAAGUAAAAAAUUUUAAAAUCUCAAGCAGUGUUAUUUACAGAUUGUGUUAAUUCUGUAUUUCUAGUAAGACACUGGAUUUGUGCCAUUACAGUAAUUAAUUUUCAAUGUAUGUUAGCUGUGCAAAGUUCAGUAUGUGAAACUGAUUUAAAAAUAAGAAAAAACAGUAUUUGUAAUACUUGUAACUCAUGGAUACUCAAGUACAAUUUGAAAAUUGUUGUGCUACUGAGUUCUGUCUUAACUAUUGUAGCACAUUAUUCCACAGUCACUAAUAUGAUAAACUUGAAGAACCAGGAUACAACUCAAUUUAGAAGGACAUGGUUCCUAUCAUUCUAAAUAGAAGUUGUAAGAACUUAAGAAUCGGGGCCGGGGAGAUGGCUCAGUAGAAUAAGAGCUUCCCUGGCAAGCGCAAGGGCCUGAAUUCG